AUGAAAAAAGCCAAGUUAAAUGGAACAAUAAAUAUCACUUUCUGGAACCUACACGGCCUCGGAAAUAUCAAAGGCUGCUCUCUGAUCAAUUCUUCCGAUAUUCUAGCUACCUGUGAAACUUGGUGUACUUGCCCUCCGUCUACGCCUCCUACUACUCUAUCAAACUAUAAUACCUUCUGGGCAAACGCUGUCAGAGAACACGCUAUAGGUCGUGCAAGUGGAGGUUUACUCACAGCGAUUAGUAAAAAAUAUACCUCAACCGUGCUGGACAUUACUCCUUGGUGGAUCUUUAACCUCAUAAUUGCUGGAUCGACGACUUUGAUUAUCGGGUCAGUAUACUUCCGUAAAUGUUUAAACUUAAAUUAUCUACUGGAUUUAUUUCAGGACACAAUUGAUGAGAUUAAAACUGCUCACACCUACGAUGCCUUCAUCCUCGGAGGUGACUCAAAUGCAAAAGUAGGUUCAAUGAACCCUUGGCCGGAAGAGCUUUUCUUGGACUCCGCUCUUCAGAAUUCAAUGUCAAGCUCCGACAAAUCCAUCUGUGAUAGAGGUCGUCGACUAAUGGAUUUCAUGCUAGAAAAUGAUUUUGUACUAUUAAACGGCAGGACACAAAGCGAUGUACCAGCACAGCCUACUUUUGAUGGUGCCGGGACCUCCAUUAUCGAUUUAGUAUGGAUCGACUUACCUGCAUUACACCAUGUAGUAGACCUUGAGGUCGUUCUAGAGCCUACUCUAUCGGAUCAUAGGCCUGUGAACUUAAAAAUCGCUGUGGAUAUUGCCGUGGAUGUUGAAAAUGUCAAAGCAUGCAACACCAGGAAACCGCUUACACCUUCGCUUAGGAUUAAGUGGUCUGACAACGCAAAGGACGACUACAGCUAUCAUUUGGCAAACUGUAUUUCCCCCAUCUCUUCAAACGACCUGGACUCUCAGUACAACUCAAUACAUUCUGCUAUAUUUACUGCAGCCGAUAAAGCCAACCUAGUAAUGAGAAGGAGCAACUCUGGACAGUCUUUUUCUAAUGAAGAUAGCCCCUGGUAUGAUUUGGAGUGUAAAUUGGCCAAGAGGGAAUAUCGUAAAUCCCUCAAAAUUUACAAAAAAGAAAAUCAUAGCCAACCUGCUCGAACCGAAGCUGCCAAAUAUAAGAAGAUAUAUAGAGAUAUUUGCAAAGUAAAGCAAAAGGAAUACAACAAACAAAUUAAUGACGCCUUCAAUGCAGUGUCGAUGCCUACUAACUUUUGGGCAGCAAUUAGAAAACUUACAUACAAGACUGGCCUGCGCUCAUCCAUCCCCAUCGAUUCCUGGAAUGAUUUCUAUUCCAAGGUCUACUCUCUUAGACACAUAGCUCCUCCAAUAUUAGUGAGAAUCUUCAACGACACACUGGACAGUGAAAUUACUUAUAUAGAACUAAAUGCCGUAUUAUCAUCACUCAAAGUUGGUAAAGCUGCAGGUCCUGAUCUUCUACCUAAUGAAGUCUACAAAAGCUUAACGCCGCACUGGAAAGAAAAUCUCAGAUGCCUAUAUAAUAACAUAGUCACUUUUAAAGCCGCCGGUCGACAUAAGGAAUGCCCUGAACAGUUUAGAAGAUACAAAGGUACUAGCUUAAACAUAGUAAAAACUUACUCCUACCUGGGCGUGAAAAUCUCUUCCACCACUAUGGGACUCUCAGCGUUAAAAUCUGCUACUAACAAAGCCAAAUGUGCUACUGGAGCUACUGUAGCCCUACUGGCAAGGGCCAAAUGUGAUUCCCUGAAGGUCUUCACAAAGCUAUUUGACACUAUGGUUGCCUCAGUAUUUUUAUACGCAUUCCCAGCCUGGGGACUAUGGUACCGGAACUCGCUGGAGUCAGUCCAGACGCAAUUUUACAAGCGAAUCUACAAUCUCCCACGCAACACUCCUGACUGGGUACUCCACUUGGAAUUCGGGCUUACACCCGUGGCUUGGAAAGCAAUGCACAUGCUGUGGAACUGGACAAUUAAAACACUCAAAAAUAAUGAGUCCUUGUUUAGUAAAAUAUGUCUUGUACGUCUUUUUCAACUUGCGAAGUCGUCUCCUCAAACGCAACCCUUUAACUGGGCAACUCAAUUCAGAGAAUUUUUAAUAGAAUGCGACUGUGUAGAGCUCAUGGAGUCUCUGGAUCCUUGCUUGUGGGAAGACAAAACUAAUAGCAUCUUCACCAAAUAUCGAAAUAUCCUCUUAAACAAAGACAUAGAAUCUGCGAGAAUCUCUAAAUCAUUAGAAUUCGGUAUACAGAGACCUCUCCAACUCGCUCCAGCCAAGUACGUCGUAGUUAAAACCUCCCUGACAGUCAAACGCAUCUUUGCACAACUCCGGCUCGCAAAUAAGCUAUACUGUCAACUAAUCAUCAACAACCAGAUUAUACGCUUUACACCCAAUACUAGCUGUCAGCUCUGUAACCUGCACGACCUGGACAACAUCGAGCAUUUUUUAUUAAAGUGUCCGUUGUUCUCCGCACUACGAAAUUAUCAUCUUGGAUGCUUUCUUGGUACAGAUGUGCCGCUGUCAUCACUACUAAACACGACCGACAUCAAGACGAUACUAGCUAUUGUAAACUUCACUGAAAAAAGUGCGCAACUAAGAGCCUGGGCUCUAAACCAAUAA